AUGGGUACACCCCGAGACUACUAUGCAGACUUAGAGCUGCCACCGACGGCAGACGCCGCGGAGAUUCGAAAACAAUAUCGGAAACUUGCUCUCAAAUAUCAUCCAGAUCGCAAUCCUGGACGAGAGGCAGAAGUGAACACACAGUUCCAGAUUAUCCAAACAGCGCACGAAAUUCUUUCCGACCCUGAACAGAAAGCCAAGCACGAUGCUUCGCGAGGGCGCGGUAGAUUCCCAGGAGCUUCGGGUGUUAAGGGUAACCCUUGGUCAAACGUCAGCGCCCAGUAUCCGCCCCCUCCUCGGCGCAACAAUGCAAAUCCUCGAGCUCCGCCAUCGGGCGCACAAAGAUGGCAACGUUUCUCUACGGGGGUUCCUCCCACCGCAAAGCAGUAUACAGCAUCAGAUGCCGAAUCGAAGAAGAAUGCUGCCAGAGCAUUCGAAAACAUGCGAAAGGGUGCAUCGGCCAAAGCGAACGAUCAGCCACGACCUCCCCCUCCACCUCCACCACCACGGACUGAAUUUGCCAGACAACGUCAAGAGGCCUCGUUUGGUGCAAGAAAAACAGGCUUCCAUCCUCGGACAGCAGGGGGCGAUGAACCACCUGUAUCAAGUAGCAACUACAGCUCGAGACCUGCUUCAGAACGAUAUGCGCAGCGGUUUGGCUUUGACAUUCCACAACAAGCACCUCCUCCUACUCCCCAACGGCCGCCUCCAACUGCGAUGCCUGAUCCGUUAAGCCAAUUCAGAGACCGAGACAGUACAGCCGACCCCCGACAAAGCACUCCUUAUGCGUCAUCAAACGGAGGCGAAAAGACCAACCCUUUUGACGGCAUCUCGAUCAACCGGGCUAAGAGUACUCGGGAAGCAACUCGCCAAGAUCAAUCUGCCUCUGAGAAUGAAGCCAUCAACCGACAACGCAGCGCCAGUGCACCGAAGGGUGGAAAGGCUGAGGACGUUCCUUUGAAUAAGGCCUCUGAACAACCUUCGAUACCUCGGGACCCGGCAGACCGUCCUAAGGCGCCGUUGAAGAAAACUCGCAGUGGCUUCAAGAGUGUUCCGCUGGGACCUAACCAGCAGGCCACCGAGUUUCCCGCAAAUGAUAAGCCAACUGAUUCACCUGGUGGCCCAACAAUCUUUAGUUUCCCUGUCAACGAUGACACUUUCUCACGAACAUCACCUGACCACCAUCGGUUCUCUCGACGAAGUACUGACGAUAUCAACACUAGUUUUGCUGACGAAGAAGAUGCUGCUGGGUGGGCGUUCAAUGCUGGUGGAGCUGAACAGGAUAGCCCAAGUAGGCCCCGAAAACCAGGUCGCCAAUCCCCAGGGAAGCGGCCCGCAAUGAGCGGCAAGAGUACACCAAGUUUCAUGUCCGAUGCUGAGAGAUCCGACUCUGCUAAGCCCGAGUCGGCCUUUAACCCUGCAGGUUGGGAUUUUGGUCCCCAAACAUUUGUUCCUCAGCCGUCAAAGUCUGUAUCUCCCACGCGGUCUACCCGAACAAACUCACGAAAGCCGAAGGCGUCCAAAAAGUCAAGCCAUGCCAAUCUUCUGGACGACAGCAGCAGUGAAGAUGAGGUAUUGGAAUGGCGUGGUCGAAAGGUGCAAGAAGAACCACCUGCUGCUGAGAGUCCCCAGGCUAUGGACAUAGAUACUCCCCCUGCGCCGUCUUCCAUGCCGCCACCUCGACCUCCCAAGGUACCUUCGCCCCAACCAGUUCAGACUACGCCCUCACCACAGCCUGCUCAGCCUGUGAGCCAACCUCAGCAACCCGUUGGAGCAAACCAGGCUCCUGGAGUAGUACCUGCUCCGCAUGCUGCCCGGAACAUCAACGUCGAACCCACCAGACCCGAGUGGCGACCUGGCAAUGUUGACACUGUCAAUGGUAACGAGCACAGACCUGAGAGUCCCAGAAAGGCAUUCAAUCCAAACAACAUGGGAUCUGAAGACAGUGAAGAGUUCCAAGCAAGCUUCGCUGACCUCAGAAACGUGGCGCCAUUCACUCAACAGAGCUCCGGCUUGAAGUCUUUUUCUGACCUGAAGGAUAAUUUGCCAUUUGAAAGCAAAGCAGCGCCUCAGGUUCCAAUGAAGCUACCCAAGGUCCACCCAUUGAUCUUUCCGACAGCACCUACAGCUCCUCAAAUCCCAGCUGCCGCUGCUGUUAACGGCGUCAAGCCUAGCGCGCUUACUUGGGAGACAUAUGUCAAAGAUUUUGAACAAUACUUGAAGCAAUGGGACGCGUUCAACGCCCAAGUCGUGGACCAUUUUGCCACCCGAAAGUCGCACAUCACUCGUACCCGAGAAGAAAAGGGGUAUUCAUUCUUGGAGAACCGGGGUGAUGCUGACAUUCAGGAGUAUUACAACUGGCUCGAACAGGAUAUGGAUGUUCGCCGACGCUGGGCGGCUGCAUGCGAGGAGCAUGAACACCGAUUCCGAGAAUUCAUGGCGUUCCGAAUGAAGAUGAAGUGA